UAUUCAGGUCACCUGGGACAGGCCACAACAGAGGUGGCUCCUUCCAGCUUACUUCAAUGCAGGGAGGAUGAGGUUUUUUUUUUAUGGAAGCGCCUGGCACUAAGGAGGGUCUGCUGCAUGCUAAGCAAGCUGGAAUACAAUUCAGUAAGGUGGAAACUGAUGCUGAGGUUCUUGUUCUAUUGUUUACCAACAAAUUGUAGCAAUGGAGAAUGCUAAAUUUAGUGAGGAAUUGAUUUUUUUUAUUAUUGGAAUCUGUUGUUAGCUAAUGAGGUUAAUCAUGUCUUUAGGGAAGGCAAUAACUAUGUCAAUCGGGGAGGACCUUUAUAUAGAGCUUUCUUAAUUUAAUUUUCUCUUUUUUUGGGGAAAAGAAAAACAAAUUUGCAGUAUAAAAUUAACAGUAAUUUUGUGCGGCCACCACGAUCUUGGAUCCUUGGAGGAAGUAUGGAGAACAAAGGAGGAGAUGGAGAAGUAAGUGCACGAGGACCAGGUAGGGUGACCAGCAAUGGAGUCCGCCGCAUCCUGCUUGCGGCAAACUAUACGGCUCUCUUCCUAGGCACACUCGCUUCCAGCCUCCUCUCUCGCUUCUACUUCGUGCAUGGCGGCUCCAGCCGGUGGGUCUCCACCUUGGUCCAGAGUGCCGGCUUCCCGCUCCUCCUCCCCCUCAUUUACUUCUCCCCUCGUCCACCCCGCACCGCCUUCACCCCUCGCCUCGUCCUGUAUUGCGUCCUCAUCGGCCUCUUCCUCGGUGUCAACAACUUAUUCAUCUCCUGGGGCGUCUCCUACCUCCCGGUGUCCACCUCCUCGCUCAUCCUCUCCUCCCAACUCGCCAUCAAUCUCCUCCUCUCUGUUGUUCUCGUCCGUCAGCCGCUCUACUUCACCAACUUGAACUGCGUGCUCCUCCUUACGCUUAGUUCCAUCCUCCUCGCCCUCAACCACAGUCACGAGCGGCCCUCGGGCGUCACCUCCUCGCAGUACAUUAUCGGGGUCCUCACCACCCUCGGCGCCGCCGUCAUGUUCGCGGUGUACCUCCCCAUCGCACAGAUCGUGUACCGAGGGGUGACCGCGUUCCGGACGGUGAUGGAAAUGCAGGUGGUGAUGGAGGCGGUGGCGACCGGGUUCGCGCUGGUGGGAAUGGCGGCGACAGGCGGAUUCAAGCAGAUGAAGAGAGAAGCCGCGGUGGAGUUCGACCUGGGAAGGGCUCGGUACUGGGUGAUCAUAGGCGCGACCAUAGCUAGUUGGCAGCUGUGCUUCAUGGGGACUGCGGGCAUGGUCUUCUUGACGUCCUCCCUCAACAGCGGGAUCUGCUCGACUGCGCUGCUGGUGGUGAACGUGGUGAGUGGCCUUGUGGUCUUCCACGACGAGUUCGGGGUACAAAAGGCAGUUUCAACGGUGUUGUGCGUGUGGGGGUUCGCCUCCUACUUGUACGGAGAGCACAGGAGGAAGGCGAGAGCCGAUGAAGAGGAACUGAUCGUCUGAUCGGCGCUGCAAACCCCACGAGCAAUGCGGCCGGAAAUGGUGGGGAGAUAGUUUGAAGUAACUUCCUCAGUUUACUUGGUCAAAAAAGAACGA